UUUGUCGAAUUUACCACCUCCAAAAAAAAACAUUUACUUUACCACCUCAUAAAAAAAUUAAACAUCAGUUUUACCACCUCAUCUGAGCUCAAGUGACGGAAAACGCUUGUGGGGCCCAGUUAACUGUCACUUCCCUCCAAUUUAAUUCUUUUAAAAUCGAUUUCCCUCUGUCUCCUCCUUUUCUCACCUUCCACCUUCCAUAAUCAAUGUCUCACCAAAUUUCUCACUUCCUCAUCAAUUUUCGUCUCUCUUUCCUUUGAUUUUUCUUGAUUCUCACUAUAACUGCUUCUCUCUCCUUUGAAUUUUCUCUUUCUCUCUGUAAAAACUGAAACCCUAGAUCAAUUUGGGUGGUUGAAAUCGAGCUGGAACCACAAAAUUGCAACACAUCAGCUUCUCUUGUCAUCUUCCACAGGGUGAGGGGACCAAAAGCUUGGUAAUUUGCUGACAGAAAUCGAGAUUCCUGACUACAAGAGAAUGGACACAGUGGACUUAAAAAUUACAGUAGGGGGUGCCUUUAUACCUUCUUUAGCUGGUAAAAAUAGGAGGGUGUUAACUUGGGAUGGUGGGUGGGUUUAUUGGAUGAGAAAGGUGGAAAAAAAUAAGAUAGAUGUACACUUUUUGAGGCAAGCAGCUAUACAUGGGUUUGUGUAUGUGAAUGUGAAGGUUCCUAGGGGGUUUAGUUGCUGGUAUAAACAAAAGGGCAAGUCUUGGGUGAAUGGUAAAAGGGAGCUUGUUGAUGGUGAGGUGAAUGGUUUCCUAGAGUCGGUGAACAAAGAGGGGGCAUGUGAGAUGUAUGUUACCAGUCAUGAGCCAAUUGAAGGGACUAAGGCUUGUGAAAUCAGAGGCUUGGCAAAUUAAGACACUAAGGCUGAAGCAUAGGUGUGUUAGGAGUAAAAUGAACAACAAGGUGACAGCAGAGUUCCUUGCUGACAGGUACUUGGAGGAGUUCAAGGGCAACCCCGGAUGGAAGAUUAAACAGAUUCAGGACAGGGCCUUGAAUGACUUGGGGAUCAAAAUUACAUACUCCAAGGCUUGGUUGGCUAGAAGCAGGGCAAAGCUUAUAAUAUAUGGGUCUUCAUCAGAGCAAUACUCAAAGGUUUGGGACUAUGGGAAGGCACUGCUGAAAUGGAACCCAGGGAGUGAGUGUAAUGUGGUGGUGGAUGAUAUUAAUCAAAUUGAAAGACCAAUUUUUAUGAGGAUGUUUGUGUGCUUAGCUGCACUUAGGGAUGGAUUCAUUUCUGGUUGCAGACCAGUAAUUGGGGUGGAUGGGUGCCAUCUAAAAGGGGCAUACCCUGGGCAGAUCUUGGUUGCAGUUGGAAAAGAUGGCAAUAAUUCCAUCUUCCCAAUUGCUUGGGCAACUGCAGAGAUUGAGAACAAGGACAGCUGGUGCUGGUUUCUAGAGAGCUUGCUCAAGGCACUUUGUGUGUAUGACCAAGGAGAUGGCUUGACUUUUAUGUCUGACAGACAGAAAGGUCUCAUAGAAGCAUUUGCAGAUGUGGCCCCCAAAGCUGAGCUCAGAUUUUGUGUGAGGCAUAUUUGGUCAAAUUUCAAACUGAAAUUUCAUGGUGCAACUUUCAAGGAAUUGUUCUGGGCUGCUGCUAGGGCAAGCACUCUGUUUGAGUUUGAAGUUGCUAUGGAAAGUAUCAAUUUUUUGGAUGAAGAAGCAUACCAGUGGUUGUCAAACAUUGACCCCCAGCACUGGUCAAGGCAUGCUUUCUCUACAAACUGCAAGUCUAACAUGUUGUUAAACAACAUGUGUGAGACAUUUAAUGCAGUGAUUAGAGAUGCCAGAGACAAGCCUAUUCUAACUCAAAUGGAAUGGCUUAGAAGAUAUAUGAUGAAGAGGAGUAAUGACAAAUGGGAGGCAGCAAAGUCUUGGGAAGGUUUACUAACCCCAUUUGUCAACAAAGUCUUUGAUGGGUUGGAGAAGUAUGCCAUGACAUGUGAGGUUACAGCUUCAAGGGAUGAAAUUUAUGAGAUGAAAUACAAGGAUGACCAGUGCAUUGAAUACCUUGUGUCCAUGCAUUUGCUUGCAUAA